ACUGCUCUAUCCGACGCAGCUCUCUCGGACCUUGCUUGCAGGCUACGGUACGCCAACGCGCGUUACGGCCAGAUCGCUUGUCAACUGCGCUGUCGGAUCACAAUCACGCGCACAAAUCACGCACAACGGCACGCCUUCUGGGCUGGCUUGCGUGUUGAUAUAGCAAAGGCUAAGGGUUGUCCCACAACUGCGAUUUCAGUC